UUAUUGUUUUUUGGUACAAAUCCCCCCACCCCCCGUUAUUAUUCUAACGCCAGGCCUAUUCAAAUCUUCAAUCGCCCAAAAUCAUUUUUAAGUGAAACCCUUGAUAAAUCUCAUAGAUCUCCACCAAUUCGAGUUCGACAUGGCGGCAUCAUCUUCCUCCCUCUCGGACUCUUCCUUGUCUUCAUCCCACCGUCGCAAACGGCGCCUUCGCCGUCACAGGGACCGUGACGUGCCAAAUGUCCGGAAGGAAAAACGCUCCCACAUCAAACGACGUCAUAACCGCCCUCUCUCGUCCUCCGACAGGGGCCGCUGCUCGUCUUACUCGUCUUCCGAUUACUGCAGCUCUUCAGACAGCGAUCAUGAAUCAUCGGAGCAUCAUAAAAAGCGCAAACACAAAGAUACAUCUAGCAAGAAAAAGGACAAGGAGAAAGGAAAAAGACACAAGUCUAAACAUCAAAAGCAUAAUACCAAGGAGGGGUUUGGCAUGACAACGGGUGCUUGAUUGGCUCGACAUAUCUUUGAUUUUGGCUCAUGGUUUAUCACGUCACUGUGAGUUGCUUAUAGAAACAGGAGAGAUGUAGUAGCCCUGUACAACUUUCCAAGUUUUUGGGCCGAGACAAGGAUGAUGGUGUCCGUCGCAGUGCUGUCUCUGGCAAGAAGAUUCUCUUGAAGCUUGACAAAACAAAGGAGGACAAGGAAGCAGAGAACAAAAGGAACGAAUUGCUCAGGUUCUUGAAUGCAAGUUAUGACUGAUGGUGUGGACUGGAGAUUACAAAUUUACAAGCCCUUCCGGUUGUUUCAUUUUGUGGGUGGAGGUAGACUUGCUUGAAGCCUGGGUGGACAAGCGUAGGUGAAGUUAAAGGGUGCUGUGAUGUGCGGCCUUGACAUUGCCCCAGUGAAGGUUUCACUGCCUGUUCUACUCUGGUUCCUGAAAUGUGGCAACUUUUACUACUUUAGCAAGGCAGGUUUUAUUUUGGGGUUGUGUCCUAUAUCUUGUUUUCGUUUCCCAUUAGAUUUUUUUUUUUUGUUUGAAAAGAAUACUUAUCUUCUCUUAGGAUAUUUUAUUUUAUUUCUGAAACACAUAAACCUUAUGAAAAGGCUAAUAUCUAUUUUUGCAUUGAAAUUAACAGUGUAUUUGGCAUUUCAAAAUGUUAUGUUAUUGUAUAAUUUGACUUAUUAACUACUACCUUUGUCUCACUAACAUUGGGACAUGGAGAGGUUGUAUUAUUAAGAAAAAAGUGAAUUUGUGUAA